AUGGAGAAUAGAGAAAACCCUAACCCUAAUAUAUCCGAUGAUCUUUUGAUCACUAACAUCCUCUCAAGACUACCUCCAAAAUCACUAAUUCGAUUCAAAACUGUUUGUAAACAAUGGCGAUCCAUAAUCUCAAACCCUAAAUUCAUCGAAUCGAAUCUUCGACUAUCGAAAACAAAUGAUAAUAACAAUGGGGUUUUGGUCCGAUCUUUAACCAAGUGUACACCAACAGAAAGGGUACUAAAAGUAACCUAUAUCUCUUAUGAUGAUUAUAGCACCACAGACUUCCACUUGGAUAUGUCAAAAUUCGGAUUCGGUUAUCCGGAAUUUUGUCCUAACUUUUAUAAUCUUGGUUCAUGCAAUGGAUUACAAUGCUGCUGGCUAAAUUGUGGUGAAAUGUGUGUUUGGAAUCCAAUCACUAGCGAAUGCCGUAAAAUUCCAAACCCACCCACGCAAUAUUCAUGGCGGUGUGUUUCAGGGUUUGGGUACGUCCCGUCGUUGGAUGAUUACAAGCUAGUAAUGUUGGAUCUAAUAAGUGACGUGAUUCGUGUUUACUGUUUUACGUUGAGGAGUUGUGAUAGCAAGUGGAAACAAUUAGAGUAUGCGGAUUUUGGUUUGGGACGUAUUAGGCCAUUGUACAGUUUCAUAAGUCCUGGGAUUGUUUUGCCUAAUGCGAAAUCACAUUGGUUAUUAAGAUAUAACAUUCAGUACUACGAUAUCUUUGAUGACGAGUUGAUUAUUCUAGGGUUUGAUUUGGAGACGGAUACCUUCAACACGGCAAAAACCUCCUCCGCGAGGAGGAAAAAGCCCUACUCUCCCUUGGAGGUGACUCCAACGGGAGCACUUUUUGUAGUCCCUAAAGGGACAACACCUUCCAAGUCACAAGUUAAGCUUCACAAUUAA